CGGAAGCGCGUCAUAGAGCGGCGACGGGGCGGUGGCGGUGUCGCCGCCAUGAACAGCGUGGGCGAGGCCUGCACCGAGCUGAAGCGCGAGUACGACCAGUGCUUCAACCGCUGGUUCGCCGAGAAGUUCCUCAAGGGGGAGAGCGGCGGGGACCCCUGCGGGCAGCUCUUCAAGCGGUACCAGCUCUGCGUGCAGAAAGCGAUCAAGGAAAAGGACAUACCCAUUGAAGGCCUGGAGUUCAUGGGCCCCAGCAAAGGAAAAACCGAAAACUCCUCUUGACCUCAACUGUGCGGAUUGACUCACUAAUAUGAGCCUUUGGACUAAGCAACAUCACCAGCUGUAAGACUAGAUGCCACCUGGAUAAAGCCUUUCUUACGCUGCUUAUUAGGAAGUGAGGAAUCUUCCCUGCUUCUAAAUUCUAAAAACAAAUGGCCACAAAAAAAAGGGGGGGGGGGGGGCGGGGAGAAAAAGAGUGGAUCAUGUGGUAACUACUGCCUCCUUUUUGAUGAAUUUUGGUGGUGGUUCAGUAUCUAACAGCGUGAAAAGCCGUCUGAACUAAAUUCCUAUUGAAUGUACCCUAUACUGAGAGAGUGCUUACUAGAGCGGGCCAAGAUUGUAGUUGCUUUGUAAGCAAUUUCUCUUCCUUAUUUAUAUAACACUUGAAAGUGUUUAAAAAGAGUACGAAGGACGUCUGUUUACUUUGUCUAAUCUCUAUGCUGCUGAAUUUUGGUGGAAGAAGUUUUUAUGAUCCUGAAUGCUGAGGGGCUAAAGCUUUGUUCGGUAUCAGCGACAGAGACAAUAUAGAAGCACUCUAUUGGACCUGCAAUAACUUAACUAAAAUAAUUAUAACCAAGUUAUAUUUUGUUCAGGCAGGUAACUGUCCAGUAGAAUCUGACUGUUACCUCUAGGAGGAACAGAGAUGGCCUGCAACAGAGGCUGAAAAGGAUGUUUUUAAUGCAGAGGCUAAUACUUUAGCCUUUUCUGAGGUACUGAAACAAUCCCGAGCUUGAAUUCUGUCUCCUUGACCAUUAUGUGUUCCUGCAGCAAAACUGCAGCACAGCCCUGGCCAUUCUUUUCAACAAAGCACCAGGCUGGCUGUGGUCACCCUUCUGAUCACCAACUUUGGCUUGUGGUAGUUAAAGCAUGUGUUGAAUGAGGGAUGUGUUGGGUUGAAGCUCAACAACUGAUAAUGCUAAAAGCCCUGGCGGCAGCUUGGGGACCUGCUCAUGAAGCUACUCCUGAGCUCUGUGUACUUUACACCUAGGGAAGUAAACGAAAGUGAUUUCUGCUGGCUUGUAAACUGCAGAAACAUUUGCAGCAGUUAGAAAGAGGGCGUUUGGAAGAGAAGUGUGGGGUCAGGAUCCAUCCCAUCUGGAAGCCCUGUGAGUACUGUGGCAGGGAGAGUUCCAUUUGUCCAUCCUCAGGGACGGCAGGGCGAAUGCUGUCCCCUCUCAUUACACCCACAGAGGUGAGAUAGUAAAAAAUAUUGUGGUCUGGGACAAAAGAGAAGUCAACUUCUAAUUCUCCUGAAAUUACAGUGAGGAAAAAAGUGAGCUUUGCUCUCCUAGAUUUUAGGCACUACCUGAAGGAUUGUUCCAGAGGCUUUACUUCUUAAAAAAAUUCAAAAGUUGUUCCCAAACACAGUAGCUGGCUUGUCUGUGCCACAGCCCCUGAGUAAUGACCCCAGAGACCGGGAGUGGCACGGGGCUUGUGCAGCAGAGCAGGGACUGCAGCAGGCCGCAGCCAUCGUGCCGUGCCUUCAGCGACAGCCGAAGCACAUCUGCCUGAGCGCGAGCGGGUAGCCUGGGUGAGCCGCGCCCCUGUCCUUGGAUGCACGAGACAGCUGGUGCGACAUCAGUAAGGGCAUUAAAUGUAGCACUUAAAAAACCAAGCUGUUGACACUGAAAUUGCUGGGUCACUCGGGUAUAAGUAAAAAUAGUAAGUUAAGGGAAAGAUCCUUCUAAGAGCAGCAUAAAUAGCAUUUUGGGGACUGUCAAGUAUGUGGCUUUUUUUUUUUUUUAAGGAAUAAGAUGUACAGACAGUUUGCUUUCCUAACAUCAUCAUGAAAGGAAUAAAUGUAGCGCAGUUUUGUUGGUUAGCUUUAAAACAACCAUGUCCAUUAGUGCCUUGUUCUAUGACUACUAAGACAAGCUCUUCUGUGUUAAAAAUAUUUUACUAGUAAGUGGAUUAAAUAAAUGGCACUGAAAUGUGGGGUGUCCCACAGUGCCCACUUUGAGGUUC